UUGGAAUUGGAAAAAAACGAUGCCGAGACGGCAGCUUCGCAGUUUCAAAAGGAAGAGUGGGAGAAGUUGAAUGGGCUUCUGAAGUGGCAGAAAGCAGAAACGGACCGACUCCGCCGAGCCUUAGACCAGGCUAAAAAUGGCAGCAGGGCGGAAAUUGAAAGCAUACUGGGGGAAAUCGAAGGACUCCGGCGUACGAUCUCUCAGCAGAAUGAUACCAUCACCAACUUCAUGGCGCCACUCCAGCAGACUCAACAUCUCUUUUUUGUGCCGUCGUCAUCCCAAGCGUCAACUCCUGCAUCUCAGAGCACCAAAGAUUCGGGCAUUAUCUUACAGUGUCCUGUGUCGACUCCCAUGGUCAAACAGGACAGGAAGCUGUCCGAAAGCAAGAAAGCACAUUAUCCUGCUUCAAAAGAGUGCAGCUGCACAGCUGGCCUGCAAGAACCUUCCUCUAGCAGGCACCAAGGUGACGGGGAAACCCGCCCCAGCGCUGCUCCUUGCGUUCUGCCUCCUGGAUCCAUCAUUUAUACCCUGCUGCCAGAUGGCAACCCAGUGCCCCAGGGGACAGUGCUGUAUGGCCUACAGCCUCCCUCUGCGCAAGCCCACGGAGGCCCAGUUGCUCCCACCUCAGUGGUCUAUGGCUCACCUCCCACCGGAGUCCAGCUGCAUUAUGGUCUUCUUCCUGCUAACUAUUCUGUGCCAUUGGUUCCCCUGGGAACCCUUCAUUGCAACAUCCCCGACCACCGAAACUUGGAAAAUGAGAUCUUGAGGCUAGAGGACAGCAUAGAAACAUUGAGGUCUCAGCGAUACAAAGAUGGGUCCUCCAGAACUUCUCGUGAAGCUAAUAAAGAGAUGGAAGAAUUGAACCAGGGCAUACAGGACUUGUUGAAGGAGAAAGAAGAUCUGGAGUACCAAGUCGCAGAACUGCAGCGGGUAGCCCGGAAGAGAAGUAAACACAUAGAUUUGAUCGAAGGCCGUGGGGACGGCCUCACUGCAGAGCUGGAAUUGGAGAAUUCGAUCCAGUGCCAUGAAAGUAUCAUGGAUGAAAUUGAAUGUGUGGAAAAGACACUUCUGAAGCGACGGGCAGAACUCCGAGAGGCAGACUGUCUUCUGUCCGAAGCUGCAACCGAGCUCGAAAUUACUCGAGGAAAGACAAAAGAGACUAUUCAGAAAUACAACACCGCUAAGCAAAACUUGUCUUGCACCGAGAAAGAAGCGGAGGAACUUGAACGACGAACUCGGGAGAUGGCUGUAAGGCUUGUGAAAGCAGAUCAGGAGCUCAGUCUGAUCAAUAAAGACUUGUUUCUACAACUGAACGAUUUCUCAUUUUGGCAGACUGCCGUUCAGCAGCAAGAAUUACACCUGGUGGACCGAUUGCUGGAUCAAAAAAGGAACGAGCUACGUCACCUCCAAGACAGCAUUGCUGAGAAAAACGCCAACUUUGCAGAAGCUCUCGGGAACGGGGAGGCGGAGUUAACCAAAAAACGGCAACUAAUAAAGGAAACAAAGGCUUUUCUAGAAGACCUGAGUGUUCAAAAGGGAGAACUCAAUGCCCAGCUAAGCGAGAAAAGAUCCCAGCUUUCUCUCGUAAUGCAGAAUAUCCAUAAAGAAGAAACAAAGCUACAGGAUAUCCUGGGACUGAUAAAGAAGCAUAAGACAGAACUGAAGCACAUGCUGGAGACGGCACAUCUGGGAAAAGAGGAGGUCGAAAAUCUGAAAUUCCAGCAUAACCAAAAGGCGAACGAGUUGGAAAAAAUUGAAAGGUUGCUUCUAGAGGAGAAGCUGGAACUGGAGAAUCUCCAGCAAGCAUCCCAACGCCAACGAGGGGAGGUCGAGUGCCAGAGGCAGCUUCUCCAGGAGGCCCAGCAGGAAGCUGAGCGUCUGACUUCUCAGCUCCACCUUCUGCAAAACCACGUCAAGGCUCUAAACGAUGAGAAGCAACAGCUGGAAGCCAGCUGUGAAAACCUAGAGGAGAAAUUCUCCCAAAGCAAAAGAACCUUGGUCUCUACAGAAGAUAGCAAUAAAAUGAUUCUCGCCAGCAAGGAAAAAUCGGUUUCGGAUUUCCAAAAACUGCAGCUUGAAAUCAAUCAGCUUCACAACCAGAAAAUAGUUCUGAACAAGGAUAUCGCCGAGCUACAGAAGCAUUUGCAUGGAAAAAAAGAAGAAUUGGAGGUUUUGAAGACAGAACUGAACAAUUCCAAGCAUUACCUUCAGCUGUUGGAGCAGGACGUGAAAGAGGCUGCAAAGAAAAAGGAGGAGCUGCUCCAAGAACAGAAGGCCCUCAAAGACACCCUCCAUGAAUCUUCCAGGAAGUGUAAGGAGACCCAAGGGGCCCAAAGGGAAAAGGAAAACCAGCUACACCGACUGCACAAGGAGCUUGAAGAACAGGAAUUGAAACAGGCCGAACAAGAGACGGUCCUUCAACAGCUCAGAGAAGAUGUCCAGCAUGAAGAAAAAAAGCUGGCAGCCUAUGCAGACAAACUGAAGCAGCAGAAGCAGCAGCUAGAGCAAGAACUGGAAGAGCAGCAGGGUCAGCUGACACAAGCCGUAGCCAAGGUCCACGAGAUGGAGGAACGGAUCCGAAAGCUCCAGAAGGGGGAAUCCCACAUUUCAGCUCUUGAAGGAAAACUCCGCAAAGCCUGGCAUCAGCUCUCUGAAAAAGAACAGAAGCUUCAAGAAAAGGCGGGCGAGGUUUCGUCCCUACAAAGAGAACUUGGCCUCUCCAGAGCCGAGGAGAGGCUGCUCCAGGACCGCCUGCAAGCAGACCACGUAAAAGCGGAGAGGCAAAUUGCAGCCUUGAAGGAAACCAUCAGGGCUCAAAGGGAUCAGCUUGAAAAAGCCCUUCAAAAAUCUGCCGAAGGUAAAGGUUAA